CUGUAGGCAGGGUAGUUACAGCCCAUCCUGGACUAAAUCUAACCUUCCUAAGCCUGUGGCCAGCGCCUGCAGGUCUUCACUGUCGGGCAUUUAUUUCUACAGCCGAGUUAGCAGGGCCGCACCCAGCAGAGGGUUUCAGCAGCAGGGCGCAGGAGGAGGAGAGGCCCCAGGCAGCGCCCUUGCAGAGGAAACAAUGGUUUGAAGAGUGCCGCGUUAUAAAGGCCAGCGGGGCGCUGCCAGGGACGCACUCAACCCGGCUUUACGGAGACCUGGGAUUUUUUAACCUCCCUCCGCUUUUCGUUCUUCUUCCUAUUUCCACCCGACAAAAAAAAAAUCACCCUACUAAGUGUCCCAGCCCCCUUCCUAAAGAGAGCUGGGCGCGGGGAGGGGUCUACGGGCAAAGAAAUGGCAACGGCUUCGGAUCCUCCCUGCGCAUGCGCCGCGGCCUGAACGGGUUCGGAGAGGGGCAGAGUAUUUGUCCUUUUGCGCUUUCCGUCGUUUUGCAGGAAAUCUGUAGUGUUUGUCUGCCGUAGUGAGACAUGGCGGAGUAUUCUUCUGUGAAAUCUACCAAGCUCGUUCUCAAGGGGAAGAAAGAGAAGAGCAAGAAGAAGCACAAGGACAAGAAGAGGAGGAGAGAGGAGCAGGAGGCGCAUGAGCUCGACGUCGUGGGAAACUGGUGGGCAGUAAGCAAUUUCGGUGAAAUCACAGGAUCUGUAGCUAUAGAAAUGGACAAAGGAGCUUAUAUCCAUGCCCUUGACAAUGGCCUAUUUACACUUGGAGCCCCACAUAAAGAUGAUGAUGGCCCUAGUCCUCCUGAGCAGUUUACAGCAGUAAAGUUGUCUGACACCAGGAUUGCGCUGAAGUCUGGCUAUGGCAAAUACCUUGGUAUAAAUUCAGAGGGACUGGUUAUAGGGCGUUCUGAUGCAAUAGGAUCGAGAGAACAAUGGGAACCUGUCUUCCAAGAUGGAAGAAUGGCUUUACUAGCAGCAAACAGCUGCUUUAUCAGAUGUAAUGAAGAGGGAGACAUAGAAGCCAAAAGUAAAAUGGCAGGUGAAGAAGAAAUGGUCAAGAUCCGUACUUGUGCUGAAAGAGAAACUGAGAAGAAAGAUGAUAUUCCACAAGAAGACAAAGGAAAUGUUAAACAGUGUGAAGUCAAUUACGUAAAAAAGUUCCAAAGUUUCCAAGACCACAAACUCAAAAUAAGCCAAGAAGAUGCUAAAGCUCUCAAAAAAGCCAGAAAAGAAGGCACUUUCCACGAGACACUGCUAGACCGGAGAGCAAAACUGAAAGCGGAUAGAUACUGCAAGUGAUGAACAACUGACUCGUGCUUUUGUAUCUUUUGUUUGUCUUCUGAAUAUACCAUCUGAAUAAGACAUUUUGAAAGGUUGAUUUUAUUUAUUCUAAAUUUGCUGAAUUGUAUUUAAUGGUGUUAAGUAUUUAUAUGAGUUGGCAUCAAGCAUUUCUCUGCCUAAGGAUGUCAUUUCUUCAUUUAUUUAUGAACACCAUUUAGUUGAAUAUUUUAUAGUAAAAAAUUUUGAUAUGCAUAUUUUUCAUCAGAAACCAAAUAACUUCAGCAAUUGAACUAUGCCAGAUGAAAUUGGCAACUUGGUAAUUUUAAGAGUGUUAAUAAUCAAGCAGAGAAGUAAUACUGAAUACAAAAGAGAAAUGAACAAUUAACCUGCUGUGGUUUUAUUGAACAAAUGAGGAGUAGUACUUCUGCAUAAAAUUUAAGCUCUCCAUGUGUAGGGAACCAAGUCUUCAGCUUCACUUCAGUGGAAUUAUGCUGCCUUAGACCAAAUGAAAAUUUGAUUUGCGGUUUUAAAGUUUCAUUGGAAGUGCCGAGUCUUAAACAUUAAAUGAAUAGAGGCAUAACUUGCAUACCAGAAAGGCAUGGUAGAGUAAACAUGAAAAACAUGCAGGAACUUAGGUUUAGGAUAACGAGUGAUCUCUUAAUGUCCAUAUUGCCUAUUUUUACUUAAUCUUGUAAAGAAUAAAAAAGGUAAAUUUUAAUUGAAAUUUUGGUAGCUUAUACCAUCUGUGUACAUUUGUUUUUAGGUUUAAUAGUAAAAAAAGUAAUAUGCUGACUUUGAAAUUCUGUGCAUUUCUGGUAAAUAAUAUUUCCAAUGCUUUUUUUCUAUGUCUCUUGCUUAAAAAGAUUUUUUUUUUUUAAAUAGAGUGCCUCUAUUGGAAGUACUAACUGCAAUGAUUGCAACCCUUCCUUCACAUUUUUUACCUAUUUUCUGAAGUUAUUCUCUUACUGUGCUCAGCCUUUUUCAAAGGACUAGUAGUACACAGUUGUCUCUAAACUAAGAUAUAAUAUAUACAAUUAUAUAUUGUAUAAUAUACAGUAUGAUGACUAAUAUACAUUAUCUGUUCUCAGUGGUGGCAAAUGACAGCACAAGGAGCAAUGGUCUCAAGUUGCAGCAAGGGAAGCUUAGGUUAGAUUUUAGGGAAAAACUUGCUCACGGGGAGGAUAGUAAAACACUGGAACAGGUUACCCCAGGGGUGGCCAAUUUUUUGGGCAGAGGGCCGCUUACUGAGUUUUGGCAAGCCAUUGAGGGCCACGUGACAGGCAGCCCAGGGCAGAUAAAUACUAAUUUUCUAACAUUUUUAGGGGCCCCGUAUGCUGGAUAGAAUGGCCUGGUGGGCUGCAUCUAGCCCCUAGGCCGCAUUUUGCCCACCCCUGGGUUACCCUGAGAGGGUUGUGGAAUCUCCAUCCUUGGAAGUUUUUAAGACAUAGAUAGACAAAGCCUUGCCUAAGAUGAUCUAGUUGGGGAUGGUCCUGCUUUGAGCUGGGGGUUGGACUAGAUGAUCUCCUGAGGUCCCUUCCAACCCUAAUUUUCUAUGAUUAGGAUGCAUAAAAAGAAUGUAGUACCCAAGAGUGUAUAUCUGUCUAAAUAAGAUUUAAUCAGUUGUGCCAAUUAAAAGUUCAUGGACACUUCACAGCAAAGGAUUAAAAAAGAAAAAAAAACAUAGCUACUCACAGUUACUUAAAACCAUUAUUGAACAGUCCUAUAUUCAGAGUAAAUUACAGCUGGUGCUGAAGCCCAGCUGAAAAAAACAUUACAAGUUUCAUAGUCAUGAGAGCAUAUUACUGUUUUGAGAAUAUGACAAAUGUUGCUUGUGUGAAUUUAUGCAACUGCAAUUGUGAAAAUAGUCAUCAGAUGCAUAGAUUUUUCAUGUGACAAAGUAGUAGUAAGUGUGUGUGGCAAGAUCUUACUGCCUCUAAAUAUUUGGUUGUUUACUGCAGCAUCCUCUUUAUUGGCACAUGGACUGCUUUGGAAAAGUUUGCUGGUCUGUUUGAUCUGUUAUGGCUCAGUAUGCUCCUAGGUAAUAAGAGCUAGGGGCAGGAUGUCUCACAGCUAUUGUGGAAUCAGCCCCCAUACAGGUGGCCUUUGCUUCGAUGUAGGUGCCUGGAGAUCUGCAAGAUAUGAUGUCUAAAACUUCUGCUUAUUCCACAGUGUGGACAAACCCCUUAUCCCCAUAGAGUUAUCCCCAUGGAAAAUUAGCUUUGUUUCUUUCCAAGACCUUUGAAGGGCAGGGGUGGAUUCAUGAGAGGUCACCCUUGUCUUGGGUCUUGUCUGCCUUUGGAAGCUACAGGUGUAAUAAUAGAUAAUAAUACAUGUGUAAAGACACAUGUGGUAAGCAAGUAAAUAUGAUAAAUUCUUUCUAAGACUAACUUGAACACAUGAGCUAUACAAAUCCAGUCCUUUUUUUUUUAAUAUCUUUAAGCUUAUCAUCCUUAGUAUUUUGUAGCAAUGAAAUCUCAACAAAUAUUUAGUUUUUAACAUAUUUACAGGUAUCACAUUCAAAUUUCUUACUUUCUGGUGCCAUAAAUGACUCCAAUUUACUCUCUUUCAGAAUAUAGGAACAAAAGGACAAAUCUUUAUUUUUGUUAUUCAUUCUUAUUUUGCUUGGUGGGUUUUUUUUUUGGGGGGGGGGCGGUUAUUUACCUCCAUCAGUCCCUUUAUCACUUACCUCCUAAACUGAGCAUUUCUAUCCCCUGUGUUCAUUACCCAUGCUUAAACAUUUGUUUCAGCCGCGAUAUUUUGAAGCAAGGGGACAAAACUGAACACAGUGUCUCAAGUGAGGAAUUCUUUUAUGAUUUUUUUUUUAAUUUUGUUUUUUUCUUAUGUAUCCUAACAUUGAUUUUACUCUUAAUACUUGCUGUAGAGAGCUUGCAAAAGGUAAGAUUCUGAAUGACGGCCAGUAUAGCUUCAUCGCAGGCAGGUCUUAUUUUACCAACCUCAUCUGCUUCUAUGACCAGGUAACUUGCCACCUGGACACGAGAGAGCAGGUUGACAUUGUAUACCUUGACUUCCAAAAGGCCUUUGAUCUAGUAUCCCAUAAUGUGUGAGAAAAUUGUAGGAUUGUGAGCUUAACUCCGAGACAGUAAGGUGGGUGAGAAACUAGCUGCAGGAUAGGACCUAGAGAGUCCUAGUGAACGGAUCCGUGUCAUCCUGGCAAGAAGUGAGCAGCGGUGUCCCGCAAGGGUCAAUGCUUGGUCCAUUUUUCAACAUCUUUAUUAAUGAUUUGGAUGUGGGGGUGAAGAGCUCACUAGCCAAAUUCAUGGACAACACCAAGUUACAGGGGAGCAUGGUCAUGCUUAAAGAUAGGCUACAGUUGCAGGCAGACCUAGACAGGUUAGCAAGUUGGGCAGAUUGGAACCUGAUGUAGUUCAACUUUGAGAAAUGUAAAGUGUUCCUUCUUGGGACAAGCAACCCCCAGCACACCUACAGGCUUGGCGGCACCAAAUUGACUAGCACCACAAAUGAAAGGGAUCUGGGGGUAACGGGCUACAAUAUGAAUAUGAGCUGGCAGUGUGAUGCUGUAUCCAGUUACUCUAGCAUGCAUCAAUCAGUGCAUCUCCAGCAAUACCAAGGUGGUGGUUCUUCCGCUCUACUCAGCACUGGUGAGACAGCAGCUUGAGUACUACAUCCAGUUCUAGGGACCACACUUUAACAAGGAUGAGGACAAGCUUGAGAGAUUCCAAAGACAAGCCACCCGUAUGAUCAGAGUCUUAAAAGGCAAGCCAUAUGAGGAAAGUCUGAGGGAUCUGGGAUUCUUUAGCCUGAGGAAAAGAAGGCUGAGAGGGGACCUGGUAGCAGCUUACCGCUACACUAGGAGAAUACAUCAAGGACUCAGUGAGCAACUGUUCACCAAGGCACCCGAGGGGAAAACCAGGAGUAAUGGCCACAAACUCCUGGAAGAUUGAUUCAGGCUCAACAUUAGGAAAAACUCCUUCACAGCCAGGAUGUCCAGACUGUGGAAUAAGCUCUCUCCAGAAGUGGUGCAGUCACCUACCCUGGAAAUCUUCAAGAGGAGACUAGACAGUUACCUUGCUGGGGUCACGUGAUGCCAGUUGUCUUUCCUGCCUGGUGCAGGGAGCUGGACCCAAUGAUCUUCUGAGGUCCCUUUCAGCCUAUGAAUCUAUGACCUGAUAAGAAGGGCAGUCAGUAAAACACUGAUUUUAAAAAAGGAAAUUGCAAAAAGCGAUAGCUGAACAACUUGAGAAAUUAGCGAGUUUUUACUUUUAAUGAAGCAGAUGCAACAAAAAUGAGCUACAGAUACCUGAAUUUUGCAAGGAGGCAAGUAGAAGUGGACAUCUCGACAGAGAAAUAGAUCAAAAUUGGCACUAGAUGGGGUCAUCGAUAUAUAAAAAAAAAUUAAUAUAUCAGAAAUCGGCCAUAUCAGGCCGAUAAAUGGCCCGUGCGUGUGCACAGCUGCAGCACAGCAUAAGCAGCAAAGAGCACAGCCUGGCAGUGUGGAGAGCUGCCUCCAGCUGGUAAAUCUGGUGUGGGGGGAGGGGGAAAGGAAGGGGUGUGGUAGGCCAGAUCAAGGCCCCCACAGUGGGGGAGUAGUGGGGCUGGGUAAGUGCUACCCAGCCGGGGCAGGGUGGGUGGAUGAGAAUAGGAUGGGAUUCAAUACUGACAAGUGCAGAGUACUGCACAUAGGGAGGGAGAACCAGCAGCAUACCUAUAAGCUGGGGAACUCCUUUCUUGUCAGCACAGAAACAGAAAGGGAUCUUGGAGUCAUUAUUGAUUCCAAGAUGAACAUGGGCCGACAGUGUGAGGAUGCAGUCAGUAAGGUCUAACCGCACCUUGUCAUGCAUCCACAGAUGCAUCACGAGCAGGUCCAAGGAGGUGAUCCUCCCCCUCUGCAACACUGGUCAGGCUACAGUUGGAGUACUGUGUCCAGUUCUGGGCACCGCGCUUUGGGAGGGAUGUGGACAGCAUUGAGAGGGUCCAGAGGAGGGCCAUUCUCAUGAUCAGGGGCAGCAGGGCAGGCCCUACGAGGAGAGGCUACGGGACCUGAACCUGUUCAGCCUCCACAAGAGAAGGCUGAGGGGGGAACCUGGUGGUCAUCUAUAAACUUACCAAGGGGGACCAGUGAGGAAUGGGAGAGGCCCUGUUUUCCUGAGCACUACCCGAAGUAAAUAGGAAUAACAGCCACAAGUUGAUUGAGAGUAGGUUCAGGUUAGACAUCAGGAAGCAUUACACAGGGUGGCCAGGAUCUGGAACCAACUUCCAAGGGAAGUGGUGCUUGCUCCUACCUUGAGGGUCUUCAAAAGGAGGCUAAAUAAUCACCUAGCUGGGUUCAUUUGAUUCCAGCAUUCAUUCCUGCCCAUGGCAGGGGGUCAGACUUGAUGAUCUGCUCAGGUCCCUGUCAACCCUAACAACUAUGAAACUAGGACGUAGCUGUGACUCGUCGGAGGGGGGAAGUGCUGGCGGGGGGCAGCUCCCACGACCACGCGCUGCUCAGCCAGGAUCCACUGGUCCGGCAACUUGUCCAGCGCUUGCCCAGCUGCUCUCAGUGCUGCUCCUGCCACUCAUCUGGGGGGCCGGAAAGAGCCCCACCAGAAAGAGCUUGGCGCGGGCCUGGGGGAACAUGCCGCCCCCCCCCCCCCCCCCAACGCCCUCCUGGACAAGUGGCAGGAGCAGCGGCAGGAGCUGCAGGACUAGCAGGUGAGUACUGGACAAGCGGCUCCCAGCAAAGCAGCGCACAGCUAUAGGACCUGCUGCCCCCCACCCCCCUGACAAGCUGCGGAUCUGUCCCACUCCUGCCCCACCCUGGCUGGGCAGUGCUUGCCCCUGCCCCAGCUUCAGUCCCCUACUUCCUCCCUGCAGGAGCCUUGAUCUGCCCCCCCACACCCCUUCCUUUCCCCCUCCCCCCACACCAGACUUACCAGCUGGAGGCAGCUCUCCACACUGCGGGGCUGCUAGCAGAAAUAGGAUCAGUGUUGGUCGAUAUGCCUCUUUAAAAAUUGGCUAUCGGUAUCAGCCGCAAAAAUUUCUUAUUGGUGCACCCCUAGCGUGAGACUUGCCUUUUGCAAUGACCUUGGGGAGCUUAACUGCAUGUAAUCAGUUGUUACCAUUCUUGUGGGCAGUUUCACUGGGCUUAUUGUGAAAGACCAGCUAGUGUGUUGCCUUGAGAGACAAUGAGCCUCUCUGAAAUUUAUCCAUCAAGCACAAAUAUAAUUCAUUCUUUCUGCAUUGCACUCUGACUCUAGAACAAAAGUGGGUCACAAGAAUAUAUGAAAGGGUCUCAAACUUUAAAAAUGGAUCAACAAACUUUAAAAAAUGGAUUCUCCUUCAAAGAGGAACAGUGGGAAACGGUUGCUUUUCUCUUGCAUGCUGGCAGAGUUCCAGUCCGCUCCCCCCACACACCCCAGCCUGCCCCACACUAGGGCCUGGGGAGGAGGGCACAGCAGGGCUGGAGCAAGGGGCACUGGGUUGGGAUUGGCUAUUGAUGUUUACGAAUGGGUCCUGGUACAAAACAGGUUGAGAACCACUGCUGUAGGAGACUUGCAGGCAACAGUCUCUUAGAGUGCACAGACCCACACAACCUGAACACCAGAAGCGACAGCAGGCAAGAGGCUAUCCAAACAUUCCUACAUACCUCAGAACAACAUCAAUGUUUGGCUAUGAAAUAAAUUUUGAAUCUGUUUAGCUAGUAGAAUUGAGUCGUAGAAUCAUAGAUUGUUAGGGGCUGGAAGGGACCUUGCAGAUCAUUGGGUCCAGCCCCCCUGCUCUAGGCAGGAAGACAACUGGGGUCAAGUGACCCCAGUGAGGUGACUGUCUAGUCUCCUCUUGAAAACUGGGUAGGUGACUACACCACCUCUGGAGGGAGUUUAUUGCACAGUCUGGUCACCCUGACUGAAGGAGCUUUUCCUGGUAUUAAGCCUGAAGCAGCCUUCCAGGAGUAUAUCCAUUGGUCCCGGUCAUCCCCAGGGGUGCCCUAGUGAACGGUUGUUCACCGAGCUCCUGAUGCACUUAUCUGAUGUAGCGGUAGGCUGCUAUCAAGUCCCCUCUCAACCUUCUCUUCUUUAGGUUAAGGAGGCCCAGGUCCCUCAGCCUUUCCUCAUAUGACUUGUCUUCCAAGUCCCUAGUCAUAUAGGUGGCUCUUCUCUGGACCCUCAAGUUUUUCCGCGUCCUUAUUGUAGUGCAGCGCCCAGAACUGGACACAGUACUGCAGCUGCAGUCUCACCAGCGCUAAGUACAGUGUGAGUAUCACUUCCUUAAAGAUUCUAGUUUUAAAGAUUCUAAAAUUCAGAUUCUAGUCAUUCUAAAUUUUUAUUUUUUGUGGAAUAAGUGGAAUUGUUCUUUCCCCCUGCUAAAUUUCUUCAUCAUUCCUCUCAGUCUUCCCACUGUUUCUGCUUGUGCUAAUUGCAGCCUGUGAAAAGCUGGCUUGAAUCAUAUCUGUAGCAGGAAGAAACAUGAAGAUUUGUUAAGAAGAUUCAACAGGCUUGUCAUUAGAGCCAAUCCAGAAAACGUAAAAGAAAUGCUGUUUGCUAAGAACAAGACUAAUGGCACGUGGAUCUGAGGAUGAAAAGUAUCCUGAUGGGAGUAAGGGAAGAAUCCUCCAAUUACUAGUCUCAGAACAAAUGACACCACUAGAUUUCUACUACACCAGAUCUGUGCCGGGCUAGAGAAAGAUGUUCAAGGAAGUGGAGUCUCUGGUGAUCAGAGGAAUUCUUUCAUUCCCCAGAGACAUGCAGAACUGCAACAAAUCAAUGAAGAUCAGAGAGCUGAACAACUAGCACUCUGAGGAAGGUUUUGGGAAGUUUGACCAUUGGGGAGGCAUUCAUAGAAAAAGAAUUUGUUGCAACAGAUGAAUUUUAACUGUGGCUUUAUGGCCCUAGGAUAGACUGACUAAUAAGAAAAGCUUGAAGCUAGAAAACUGUGAGGCAGUUGUUAUAAAUGAUUCAGGUAAGGUCCACACUUGGCGUUAAUAUGCAGGAAGAGGAAAAUCAGGUGCAUGAGGCUAUAGCACAAAAUGAGAGAAUACUGAGAGGUGAAAAAAGAGCAAGGAAAGAGAAUGAACUAACAUCUAAAACAGCAGUAGUCUGGUAGGCAAGGGUAGAAAGAUUAUUCUAAGAAAUUAAACAAUGAAGAUGUCUGCUAAUGCAAAAAGCCCGAGCAACAAAAUCUAAAACUAAUGAUGGAGUAAGUAAAAAUCAUUAGAACAGAAUAUGGUAGAAUGGCAGUCAUGAUUGGUACGCAGGUGUUGUAUAGGUGUAGUGUGCGCUAUUCAGAAACAUGGAAUUAAAGGUAAAGAUUGAGUACUGUUGUGCAAUAGUGCAACAGGUUGGAACGCUUCUGAAAGACUGCGAAGGAGGUUCUAAUGAAGGUCUGUCCUAAAUAUUCAAGGAUUUUAAUUUGAGUAAAAAUAUUUUUAAUGAUUCAUAUUAAUACUGGGGAUGUCCAUCUGGUUGUGUGGCCAAGAUUAUGCCUGGGCUGGACCCCAGGCCUUCCCAGGGAAGGUCAAGGGCUGGCGACAGUUCUUCAGCCCAAGGAGGUACUUUUUAGGGCCUGCAGGCUGACCAGAUCAUUCUUCCUUUCAAGUGGACAAGAUGGGACCUGACCCUCCCCCAUACCUUCUGGACCACAUCUGCAACCUCAGAUUUGACAUGGGAAUUCAGAGUUGUAGACCAUUUCCUAAAUAACCAUAUCCUACCCCAGUUGAGGACUACCUAUAUCAUUUUUGACAGCUACAGACAAUGACCUUGCACAAGUGCAUUUCUGAGAUAACGUACAGUGUGAGAGCCUUCCUCUGUACAUUGCUUUCCUCCCCUUUACUUCUCAGGGAUUCCUCCCUGACUUUGAUCAGAAGUUAUCCCCUUUUACAAGCAGGGACUAUUAAAAAAAAUAAAGGGAGGGGUGGGCAGUUUCAGGAGAGAAAGGUUAUACCCAAAGUACUUUUCAAUUUUGAAAGAAAGAGCCUUCAAUGUAUACUGGACCUCAAGGAACUAAAUUCAGUCAUAAGAACUCUGAUUCUGUGUAUUCUCUGGUGUUCACACCUCAUUCAUACAACCCUGGGCACUAGUAGCAGAACUGUACUGUUAGCACAUCCUAUGAGUGAGAGUUUGUGGAUGACACACAAGUUGUAGUAAUGCAUCUUUGCCUAGUAGGCAACAAGGUUGCCACAUUAAUUACCAUAUUAACUUGAAUCCAAGAUUAGGUUUUUUUCCUAAUUUAACAAGAUGGGUGGGGAAGGCCCUCAUUUUUUUUUUUUCAAGUAAAAGGCAGUAGCAGGGCAAGCAGCUGCUGUGGCUCGGUCUGCAGCCCAGGAUCGGGAUCAGAGUUGGAAGAACAGCUGCUGCCUAUCCCUACCCCUGCCUGUCUGCCUCCUCUCCAAGUCCUUUCCCCUCUUCCUUGCCACUUACCCUCUGGCUCUGGCAGGGCUCCAGCCCUGGCCCUACAACGCAUGCUUGCUCUGACCCUAUAGCCCAGCCUGGUAGCAGCAGCAGCAACUCCAUCCCAAGUUCAGGGCCUGGCUGCAGCUGCCACUGCCACAGUAGCUGUCACCAGGCUAAACUGGAACUGGAGCAAGCGUGUACUCCAUGCCUUGGGGCUAGAGUGAAGCUAGAGUCCUGUUUAAACUGGGUAAGCAGUAGGGAGGGGAGCAGAGGGGAUGGGGUGAGGCCAGGCAUCAGACGUGGAGUACAAGUGUCAGGGAUGGGCGAAGCAAGUAGCGGAGGGGCAGACAGUAAGAGGGCAAGUGGUGGGGAAUAGGCAGCAAGGGUCAGACUGCUUGACUCCCUGCCUUCCCCCCUACCAUUUUGAUUCUUCCCCCUUCCCUUUCCAUCUGCCCCCUGCCACUGCUUUCCCUGCUGCAGCUGUGGGACGGAGGAAUUUAAGACAAUCCUCCAAUUAGGUACUAGAAAAGGAAAAUUACAACAAAUACUUUGUUAGCAUUUAUUGUAAUUAACUAUAAUUAUAGUGGGGGUGGGGGGUUGUCUUAAAUCUAGUCAUCUUGGAUUUGGGUAAAUAUAGUGUGUACUACAAGAAUGGAAACAAUGUUCAGCUACCCUUUAUCCCAUUGGCAUUUGGUGCAUUAGUUUAUCCAUGGAAAUGUUGCAUAACUUGCACAUUAGCAUGGUUAAUUUAGCUGGUGGUCUUCAUCCAGCAGAUUAUAACAGUGCAUCCAGAUACCACUGAUAAGUGAAAAAUUGAUGUACAUCUGUGUGUACUUUUUUUUCUUCCAAGUAGGACCUAGCAAAAUUGCAUCCGAGUCCCAAAGAAAUGAGUAUUGAUGAAUUCCUGUUGUUAAAUACUAGGAGAAAUUUCCAGAGUGCAUUGAUAAAAGAUGCUUCCGUCAAAAAUGUUCAUCUGUGCAGUCAUGCCAAGUGUUUCCCACUUCUUAAAUGUCUGUAUUGGUUCCACAUUGCUUUCCUGCUUCUUUUUAUGUUGAAGGCUCAAUGCGAGUCCAAACCAAUCUGCACUUAUGAGCUAAUUCAUUCCUCCUACACACUCCUGUGCAUCCCAUGUUUUCCCAAGGCUCUCAAACAUUGUAAUCCGGUUCUUUUAUACUUUUCUGAAAGUGCCUUCAUCAAUGCCGCCUACUCAUUACAUUUUACCAUUAACAUGCCAAGAACAUUCCCACCUCUUCAUAUCUCACCCAGUUUUUUAUAAGACAGUAAAAUAAAGUGAUUACUUCGUAGAUAUUAGGGCUGGAAGGACCUUGUAAGAUCAUUGGGUCCAGCCCCCUACCCAAGGAUAACUGACUUACAAUAUCAUAUGUACUUGGUUCUUUGUACUUUAAAUCAUGCAAAGUGCACAUAGUAUAAGUUAGGUUUUGGAUAAAUCAAGGGAAAUAAAAUAAAAAUUCAAUGAAAAUGCAGAUUUUUUUUUUUUUUUACAAGACCUAUAUACCUAAUUUCUGUACAGAGUGCUGCUGACCAUGUUACAAUGUAUUUUACGUUAGAAGCUCCACAGCGCAGUGUCUAUUUUUGGUAUAAGACAUAUUGUCAGAAGUGAAGAAACAAUCCUUGUUUGUGUUUUGUGAUUGUAAGUUCUUUGAUCCUUAUUUGCUGACCGCUACAUUAUGGAUUGCUGCAUGGCACUACAUGUAUAGCAUUUUAUAAAUAAUGGCCAGACUGUCAAAGAUGCUCAGUCUAAUGCUAUGUCUGUCUCUUCUUUGUGAGUCCAUGUAGUUCUUGUAUUUGAUCAUCUCCUUCAUUCUUGAGCAGAAAAAUUAGCAAAAUCGAGAAGAAAUCAAGAAACAGAGCAAUUCAAGUACAAAAAGGAUACAAAAUGCAUACUGGUGCUGCAGGCAUCUUGUCACUGAGUUGCCUAACAAAAAAGGUAGAAUUUUACAGGUAGUAUAGCCCUUCUUUUGUAAGACAUACAGAUUUUUCUCCCCAGAAUCAGUAUACUCUUUUUAAUAUACAUUUUUAUUUUUAAAUAGGUUCCAUUUUAAGUAGGGCUGUAAGUUGCUGACCUAGCUAAAAAGCAGCCAAGUAACAAAUAUAGAAGAAAUCAAAUACAGUCAACAAGUAGUAACAAGGGUAGUAUGAAAUAACCAAAUGUUGAAAAGUAAAGCAAGCUAAUGUGCCACUGGAGAGCUGAGAUUUUAUAUAAACAAAUUGAAACAUUCAGCAUAUCAAGUGACGUGUUGGGUACAGUGUGAAUUUUAUAUUACUGUAUAUUGUAUUUCCUGUAAUCACUUAAAUAGAUGUUUUCAUGUUAAAAAUAGUUUAAAAUAACGAAAUAUUAUUACUAGGAUAUGAAAUUCCCAUGUGAGUCUGAAUGCUUCAUUAAAUUGAAAUAAUUUUAAUAAAUUUACUUUUCAUUA